ACUGAGCUGUUCUGUUCCGGAGUAUCUGAGAGUCCCCAGAGAAAGCAAGGGAACCAAGGCCAGGGCUGCUGGGGUGACAGUCAGGAGGGCAGGAGGGCACAAGCCAUGGAAAGGAAUGACAUCAUUGACUUCAAGGCUCUGGAGAAAGAGUUGCAGGCUGCAGUUACUGCUGAUGAGAAGUACCGGAGGGAGAACGCUGCCAAGUUACGGGCAGUGGAACAGAGGGUGGCUUCCUAUGAGGAGUUCAGGGGUAUUGUCCUUGCAUCACAUCUCAAGCCACUGGAGCGGAAAGACAAGACAGGAGGAAAGAGGACUGUGCCCUGGAACUGUCACACUACUCCAAGAAGGACCACUCAGGACGAAACCACUGAGAUCUCCCAGGAGAAAACACUCCUGCGGCCUGAGACCUCAGCAGAGUUCUACCGUGACUGGCGGCGAUACUUGCGGAGUGGGCCAGAGCGCUACCAGGCCCUGCUGCAGCUCGGAGGUCCCAAGCUGGGCCGCCUCUUCCAGACGGACGUGGGGUUUGGACUUCUAGGGGAGCUGCUGAUGGCACUGGCUGAUCACGUGAGGCCGGCUGACCGGCUGGUGGUGCUGGGGAUCUUGCGCAGCCUGGCCAGUACCGGGCGCUUUGCCCUGAACCUGAGCCUGAUGAGCCACGCAGAGAGAGAGAGCUGCAGAAGCUUGUUUCAGAAGCUGCAGGCCAUGGGCACCCCUACACCCAAGAAGGAGGGGCUCAGCCAGGAGGAGCAGGGUCUGGAGGAGCAGCCUGGUGGGCUCCAGGAGGAGGAAAGUCUCCUGCAAGAACUGCUGGGGUUGUACCAAGUGGAUUGA